AUGAACGUAGACCCGUUCGCAAACAUUAGAUUAGCGCAAUCAGCCGCGAUCAUAAUAAUCUAUAUAGGAGCGCGUAAAAUUCAUAGCAUCGCUUAUGGUCGGGCGCGUUGCGCACGCGGGUUUCGUCAGCGGCUUGCGUUAGUGCGCAGCUGGCUAAUGCUAAUGCGCGCGGCCGACUUGGCCGCCGCCGCGCCGCCGGAGACGCGUGACACAGCCGACGCUCAUUUUAGAAAAAAUCGCCGACGAACAUUCGGC